AUCUAGGUGUUAAGCAACCAAUCAAAACGCAGGUGUAACAGUGUUGCUUAGCAAAACGCUAUCUUGUAUCGGUAAAUACCAAAAUAGCUUAUUCUUUCUCAAGCAGGAAACGCACAUCAAAAUAUAAAAAGAGCUAUUUAAAAAAAAUAACGUAAAAUGAAAAGAUAAUUGAGGCACUUGAGGAAAAAGUAACGAUUUGCUAAAAGUUGUUGUUUUUUUAUUUAUCAAAACUUUAAAUUUUAGAGCGUUGUUUUCAACAACAACAACAAAAAAAAGUUGAACAAAAAAAAAUCUAAUGCUUAAUACUUCGCUUUUAUUUACGGUUUUUUUUGCUAUCGCGGUGAUAUUCGCUAUAAUCUUAAAUAUAAUUGUUCUUUAUGGAUUAAACCUGCGAUACCACAAACGUACUUUUAAAUGUCACGUAUGGAUAGCUUUAUCAGUUUUUGACUUUGUUCGAAAUGUUUUUGAAGCUCCUUUAGAAAUUGAUGCUAUUUUUUAUGGAAAGUACCGACUAAGCAUAGAAUGUUCUGUAAUUGGCUAUUGCAGUAAAUUUUUAGAACUUUCCUCAAUUGGAAUGUUAACGGUUAUUAUUGGUGAACGCUACAUCAGUAUUUGUCACCCAGGAAUGUUAAUAAGAUAUUAUGGAAAAAGAGCUUUCUCGUUUACUUGCGUCUCAUUUUGUAUAUUUUAUGCCGCAUUUUGGUCAUUUAUGCCUUUUUUUGGAAUCGGCGAAUUUGUGAACAAUAACGAGUAUUGUUAUCUUCAAAAUAUAACCAAGCCAAGCGUGGUUUUUAUGUACAAACUAAGUUUGCUUGCUUUUGCAGUUUUAUUACCAGUUUUCAUACUGUUUUAUUGUAGCAUAUCAACACUUAGAGAAUUUAAACAAGCAAAAGAAAGAACCAUAAAUGUGUUUGGAAACGUUUAUUUAGCAAAUGACUGCCAAAAAGAAGAAAAAGAAGCGUUGUUGUUAAUAAUUAUGACCGUCAUAAUGGCUGUUACUUGGGUUUCGUAUUAUACAAUCCACUUAGUCCUUGCUAAUCAUGCGAUUAAUAAGAAGGUUAUAUUUACAGGAGAAAUUUUUAGUCAGUUAACAACGGUAUCCACUCCUUUUUUCCUGAUAUUAACAGACAAAGGUUUUAAAGCGACACUAAGUAGAGUCUUUUUAAGAAUUUUUCAUAAAAUUAGCUUUAAAACUAAACGCCACGUGACCGUAACUUCCACACAGCUUUUCAAAAUUAACAAAAAUAUCAAAGAAAAAAAAUAUUCAUCACAAUAUACAAGCAGAGUUGGUAAAUUUACCAGACAUUCAGAAAUUGAAAUGGAUCAUAAAAUACAAUUUGAAGAUGUAAUGAGAAAUGUGACAAAAUGAGGCCAUUGUUGAUAUUUGACAUUCUUGUUUGAUAUUUGUUCUUAGUAAAAUAUUAUAAAAUAGAAAAA